CAUAGAUCCGAUUCUGUGCUGGUUCUGUACUGGUUCUUUGCUGGUUCUGUGCUGGUUCUGGUUCUGUGCUUCUGUGGUCAGUAUUCUGGUCCAACCCCGGACUUACGGAGCUGCUGUCUCCGUCAGGCCGAGUGUGCUGGAAACAUCGGCCCAAACGUUUCCUCUUUGCAGUCAUGACGGUGCAGCUGUGGUGCCUGUCAUUCCGGCAGCCCUACGCUGGUCUGGUUCUGGACGGUGUGAAGACGGUGGAGAGCCGCUGGCGGCCCCUGCUGGCCCCUCUGGAGAACCACACCCUGGCGGUCCACAUCGCUUGGCGGGACUGGGAGGGGGACGAGUGGAGGACGGUGCUGAGCGGCGUCCUGGGGCUGGACGGAGCUCAGAUCCAGGAGUUGGUGGACUCGGGGGAGCGGUUUGGACGCGGCGUGGUGGCAGGUGAGAGACUGGACUGGGUUUGGAGUUUGAGGCGUGGGGAAGACGUCACCUGUCUGUCCUUUCUUGCAGGUGUGGUGGACGUGGGCGGGACCUGGCACUGCCCUGCCUCCCUGGAGGGGCAGGAGCUCCACGAGCUGCAGAGGUCGGCUGUUCUAACGGGUCUGAAGGACAAACACCUGACUCAGCUGUCCAACCCACGCUGGUUGAGCGCGCCGCUGAGCUGCCGGGGGAGUCGGGACCUGUGGACCGUGGACAUCCCUGCUGAGCUGUUACCGUGACAACACAUGGUCUCUCCACUCUAAUGUGGGUGGGUUAGAAAAACUAAAUCAUUUACCUUCUGGGAGUCCAGCAGAGCCCCGUGACCCUGCACAGGACAAACCGGGGAUAGGAGUUGAUGGAUCUGACCUACGUUUAUCUGGGACAUCAGGACCACGGAGAGGCCUCCACAGGAGACAGGACUCUGGCAGGUCACGUGACCGUCUCCGGGACAUUGGGGUCUUUCAGGGACCCAGAAUCAGCCAACAUUCUUCAUGAAACUACCAACAGGUCUCGGUGUGAACGGGACCCGGUUUCAGUCUUGUGAAUAAAAUAUGGUUUUAUAAGAC